AUGACUCAAAGGCUUUCUCGGAAUGAUUUGCCUUCUCUAUCCCCCAGUGAUGAACAUGAAUUGUCUGAAGUAUUGAGAAGGUCCAUGUCUUCAGUAAAGGAAGAACAAAAAACAGCAGAAAAGACAUUACUGGAAAUUGAGAAGCGGAAUGGAUACUUGUCGUUGCUGAUGCAAAUAAUUGUCAAUACCAACGUUGAUAUGGAUGUCAGAUAUUUGGCCAGUAUUUGUUUCAAAAACACUGUUGAUAAAUAUUGGAGAACAAACAUGGAUUUUUCCAUAUCACAAGAAGAAAAAGAAUAUCUCAAACAAGGCUUGUUGAAUAUACUGCUCACCAAUACAGAUGCGGUACUAUUUAAUUCUCAAUUUGUCACUCAACUAGCAUUGGCCACUUCUAAGAUUUCCAGAAUUGAUUAUCCAUCUCAAUGGACGAAUUUAAUAUCAUCUAUUGGAAAUUGUAUUGUUGCAUCAACCAAUGAAAAUAUUCGGAAUAGAUGUUUAGUAGUAUUAAAACAUUUUGUAAAAGAGCAGGCAACAAGAACAUAUAUGGACGAUGGAAAAAAAGCAUUUAGACAGUUUUCAAGUGAUAUUACCCCAUUUAUUUGUCAGUUAUGGUUCUAUUAUGCAAACAAGAUUUAUCAAUCUGGUUCAAACAUUGACGAUUUGGAAUACAAGAACUGUUUGAUUUGCACUCGGAUAAUAUGGAGAGUGGCAGUGAUGGGAUUAUCAGCGGUAGACAAGAACACAACUCUUAUGGACUUUUUAACAUCAGUUUUGGAUUUCAUUUCAAAAUUUUACGCUGUUAGACAAAACAUGAUUUUAUCUCAAAACACAAAUUCAGAAUUGUUUCACAAGAUUACAACUUUAAUUUCUUCAUUCAUUAAGGUACCAUUGCGAAUUCAGGCCAAGCAUAGCAUUGGAUUCAGAAAACAUUUACUCUCAUAUUCAAUGCUCUUUUCUCAAAUUAUGUUUGAAUGUGAUCCAAAGGCACCUACGACAGAUUAUAAAAUUUUACCAAGUAUUGCAAAACUUUAUUUCGUGUUUGAUUACAAAUAUUUAACAAAUUCUCCCAACGAUUUAGAGAAAUGGGAUGAAGAUCCAGAAGAAUUUGUGAAAGAACAAGAACUGGAUUGGUCGGACACUACAAAGGCAGCGAGUGAAUAUUUCUAUUUGGCCAUCAUGGGAACGUUUGAAAAUAGAAUUGCAAAAUUUGUGAUUCAAUUCACUGAGAAAGUACUGCAUGAAACAUAUGGCUCUUUGGAACAGGAUAAACUUUUACUGCGGGAUUCAUGUUACAGCGCUAUUGGUUGGGCUUCGUAUAAUCUCUAUAAUGAAAUUCAAUUCUCUCAAUGGUAUAUUCACAUGCUUCGAAAAGAGUUGUUACCCACUGAAGCCUUUGCACAAGAUAAAAGGUACAACAUUAUAAGAAGAAAAUGCAUGUGGUUACUUGGACGAUGGGUAGAGAAGUUUGAUAAUCUUGUUAGAAAGGAUAUUUUGAGUACAUUGGUUACUAUUCUUAUUAGAAGUGACGAUCUCGUGAUGAAGUUAACAUCUCUGAUCACUUUAAAGAUUGUCCUAAGCGAAGACACUGAAUUAAGAGCUGAAGAUUUUGCUGAGUUUUUACAACCAUUUAUGAGCUCUCUUGUUCAGUUAUUGGAUAAGGUAGAACAGGAAGAUACAAAGUUAUCUCUGUUGUCGUUAAUAUGUACAGUGGUUGAAAAGAUGGAAAAUAAUAUUUUACCCUACUGCGAAACAUUGGUGAAAAUUUUACCCAUUUUCUGGAAUGCUGUUGGAGAUUCAACGUUAGUGAAAACACAAGUGAUUGCUGCAAUUUCUAAAAUUGUGAAAUUACUAGAGCAUAAUUCAGUUAUUUUGUACGACUUCCUUUUACCACUCAUUCAGUACAGUACAGAUAUUGAUCAGGAGGAACACUUGUACUUUAUUGAAGAAGGUCUUGACUUGUGGCACAUUACCAUGCAAUAUGCUCCAGAGCCAACACAAGGAUUAAUGUCUCUCUUUCCAAAUAUUGUGAAAAUUUUUGACCAUACAGUUGAAUAUGUAAUGCCAAACUUGAGAUUGAUUGAGAGCUAUGUUCUUCUUGGAAAAUCACAAUUUUUAAGUACCUAUGGCCCUCAACUGAAUUCCAUAUUUCUGAACGUUCUUUGCAACACAAAACCAAAAGCAAUUUAUUUAUGCAGCACAGUCAUUGAAACCAUAUUCACUGAAUUUCCAGUGGAGGCUUCAAUUAAUUUUGCAAGUCCUGUCAAGAAAAUGAUGGAGAUAUUCCUCAAUCAUGAAGAGAAGAGCUCUGUUUUGACUGGUUUUUUGUGUGUAUUUUCUAGAUUGGUAUUUUUCAAUAAGAAUGUACUCUAUGAAAUUAUGGAUGCCAUGCUCAAGGAAGGAACAUUGAAAGAGAUUGUUGCCAAUGGCAAUAAUAAUACAAUCAUGGCAGUAGGAAGCGAUGACAAUAGUGUUGCCACCACUACCACUACCACCACACAACCACCUCCUCAAACACAGCAUGAAAUUUUACUUCGAUUGAUUGAUGCUUGGACCGACAUGUCCGAUUCCAUCGUUUCACCUUUCCAUAGAAAAUACAGCACUUUAGCCUUAUUGUCCUUCUAUCCAAGUACAGACCCAGAAAUUUUGAAUCGAUUUUCCACCAUAUUGGCAAUUAGUAUCAAGUGUUAUAUGAUAUUGAUGAACAAACGAAUUGGCUAA